AAAAACGAAAUAAUCAGUAUAAAAAUAUAUUGUGAAAACAAAAUGCCUCGUCCAAUCUUGGUUGAAGAAGGUAAAGGAAAGAAAUCGAAAAAGGCCGAAAAGGUAUUGUCACCGCAAUCCGCUAAAGGCAAGAUUGAAACGGUGAAUUCCAAGGAAACUGAAGGCAAUAUCAAAGCCGGCAAGGACGAGCCCAAGGAUGGAGGUAACAAAAACCAGGCUGGUAAAAAAGAAAAGCAUGUCAUGAAGAAAAAAAUGGUUGUUUUGGCUGACGUAGAUAAAGAGGUUGUCGUAAUGGUAGGUAAUGGAGCUAUGAAACCAACUGUCGAAGAACAAUUUGGCAAGAAGGUGGACAAACCGAUCGUAAUGUCCAAAGAAGAAGAAGAAGACGUAAAGCAAGAUAAUCCCGAUGCCGAGGCCGAUGUCACGUUAUUCAUGAAUGAUAUCUUCAAUCAGAUAUCGGAUCCACUUGGGAUUAGUGUGAGUAAGAAGUUAAAGAUUAAACAGGAGAAACCGAAACAUAAGGAUAUGCUGAAUGCCAAGAAGAAGCCAAUGAAACCUCUAUGGGUAUUGGACACCAAGUCGCCGCCUGUGCCCCCCCAGAACCCCCGUUUCCCAGAUGUAAGGUUGCGACGACAUUAUGGACUGCCCAGGAAGUCAAAACCUCUGACCAAUCUAUUUAAAGAUCUAUCUCUAUGGCGCAGUACCCUCUUAACUGUGGCACAUGUCUUUCUUGGCGUUUUGCUGCUCAACACUUUGAAUUCUUACGCUCUCAUCGUAUUACUGGCCAAGACUGGUCUGUUCAUUUUGAUGAAUGGAUUCUUCUAUGGCAGUUGGCGUCAACAGUUACGCUUUCGUCCAUAUGAGAAACUAAUUGUUUGUGAUAUUGAAAUAUCACCCGAAUGGCUGCAGACAGUAGUACGAAAUCUAAAUGAUCUCUUAAUGGUUAUCCAAAAGAUUCUAUUCAAUGACAACAUUUUGGUGGCCAUUUGCUUGUGGCUCUGUCUCAUGGAGAUACGGAAUUUGUUCAACAAUGUUGAUGGACUAACAAUAUUUACAUACACUUAUUUGGGCAUCUUUCUGGCGCCACGUGUAUAUAUUGAUAUGAAGGCUCUUAUUAAUCAGGCCAGACGGGAAGCUCAGUUGCCAGCAGAUCGUCGUUCAAAAACGUUUCGAAUGCGUCUGUUAGUAAACUUCAUAAAACCUUUUGAACCUGUUUGGGAUCGUCCAAAGAAGAGGCCUCCAGUUAAGACAAUCUACGUGAAUCGGGGACAACAGACCGAUGCCGAGGAUGAUGUAACCAAGGAGAGGAAUGAUCUGUCCGCGACAAUAGCCUUCGCUAUUGAACAACAAUGUGAGAGGAUCAUUGUACAACGAGAGGAGGAUCCACGUGAACCCUACAGUUUAUGGCAUAUUUUGGGUGUCUUAACCACAAUUAGUAUGCCGAAUUAUCUUAAGUAUCUAGUUUACUGGGAAAACAGUGUGGAAUCGGGAAUCUAUCUAAUCACCGGGCUCUAUCUGUUGACCUGUCAUCACACAUACAUUCAGACGUUUUCCUUAGUCAUACUGAUUGAAUUUACCUUGCUCCUAAUCUAUUCGUGUCUGCGUCAAGUGAUAAUAUUUGGCCCAUUCGAAUUGUUUCUUAAUUGGAAGGCCAAGUUGCCAGAGGAACGAACCACAAAUAUGACACGAACUGUUGUCAACUGGAUUAAUCGCUGGAUAGCCACCAUUCAAUAUAUUCUCUUUAGUCGCAAUUUAUUUGCGGCCUUAGGAGUUUGGAUGUGGCUGUACGAGAUGCGUAAAAUGGGCAAUUCUAUCAAUGGACAAACACUUCUCAUCUAUGUUUACCUUUGCUUCUUUCUGGUGCCCGUUCUUAGGGUCAAGUUGAUGCAUACCCUUCAUGCCUGGCGUAAUACAACAAAUGUUAACGAAUUAACUUCCUGUUUGAACUACGCUUUUAUGAUUCUCGAUCUUUUUGAGUUUCCUAAAAUCACCAACACCACAGGAAAGCGCACCAUCUGUGUGAAUCGUGGCCAACAGACCGAGUCCAGUGGCGGCUUUAUUCAAGAAAAGGAUCAUCUCCAGUUGAUUACGGCGAUGGCAUCGUUCGAUCCCAUUGCCUCUAGUCUGCGAUUCAAUGACGAAUGUGGUCUUAAUGCUUCGCAAUGCCUAUUCACAGACUACAACACGAACAAUGAAAACGAAACUCUAUCAGCUUAAAUUGGCAAAUUCAAACAUUAUUUCGUUCAUUUCGUUUUGUUCGUUAUAUUUAUUAAUAUUUCAAGUGCAUUACCAAAACUGA